AUGAGGAGCCACCGGCGAGCCCACCCGCGUCGCAGCAAGAGGGGGGUGAACCCAGCCGAGCCAUCUCCGCCCGGACAGGCCCACAGCGGAGAAGGAAGCGAGGAGGAACCCCAGGAGGCAACCCCAGAGGGUAGGCAGGAACAGCAGGACACGCACGGGCCCCAAGGACGGUGUUUCCGUACGGAGAUACCCAUGGCCCACGUAAGCCAUGCCCUAAAUUCCUUUACGGUACAAGGGGUCCUUUGGAGGCAACAUGCCGUGACGUGGUCCUGGCCGGAAGGACCAACGCCGACCGAGGAUGCGGAGGGGACACCUAAACCCCCACCCAACCCCAGAGACCCCCGCUUACGUGUGGGACAAGCCCACGUGACCCCGCCGACACCACCGACCUCGGCCGAGUCCCUAUCGGCAGACGGCGGUAGGUCGGCGCAGGAGGAGGAACCUAUAGAGAAAGGCCCGUGGGAGUGGCCCGAUCCCGUGCCUGGAGGAAGGCCGAAGUUGGCCAGGCAGAGUUCCGCGCCGGACGGCACCGUCAGGCCUCCUUUUUGCGGCAGGUGUCGUUGCCCGACGAGCGGCGGUGGAUGGAGGUCCGGAGGCAGGAGUGGCCCUCGGAGAUCGAGGCAGCACCGGCGGUUCUAG